AGGCUACCGUGAAACGUUUAUUAUUGUGCAACGUGUGCGACAGCUGGGCUGUGGGCCGCGUAGGGGAAUUAUUUAUGCGCGCUCACUCCCCCCAUUCUCUCCAUAGCAGGAUUCAAGAACAUCUCCGCGCCGAGAUCGAAGAGCAGGGGAACGAGCCGGAAGGCGGUUUCGAGGGAGAUGGGGGCGUCGUCAUGGCCGUCGGCGGAGGAGGUUGAUAACGUGAGGAAUGUGGUGGCUAAGAUGAGCGGACGGGAUCACAGAGAUGUUAAGUUUGUUGUCUCUCCGUACAGGAUUUGCCCGCUGGGCGCCCACAUUGAUCAUCAGGUUUUCUUGCACUCAAAACAAUUUCAAGGAGAUGUGACAUUCAGUGUUAAUGAAGAACAAAUUUCCAAAGAAACUCAUCAGGAACCAGGUUGGGCGCAUUAUGCUAGAGGUGCCCUUUAUGCAUUACAAAAAAGAGGCUAUCAUCUCAGUAAGGGUAUCAUUGGCUAUAUUUGUGGCUCAGAGGAGCAUAGUUCAGGGCUUAGCUCUUCAGCAGCUGUUGGAAUUGCUUACUUACUGGCUUUGGAAAAUGCAAAUGACAAAACCAUAUCUCCAGAAGAUAAUGUUGAGUUGGACCGGGUAAUUGAAAAUGAAUAUUUAAAUCUCAGAAAUGGUAUUCUGGAUCAGUCAGCCAUAUUGCUUUCGAAGUAUGGCUAUCUAACUUGUGUGGACUGCAAGAUAAAAGAACACAAAUUUGUCAAGUUUGCCGAGGAAAACAAACAGUCUCGGGGACACAUGGCAUACAAGAUCUUACUAGCAUUUUCAGGGCUUAAGGAUUGUUUAACCGACAAGAACUCUGGAUAUAAUUCUCGAGUUUCUGAGUGUCAAAAGGCUGCACGAGCUCUUUUAGAAGCUUCAGAUGAUGGAAAGUCAAAUCCUCGUCUUUGCGAUGUCAAUCCAAGCUUAUAUGAAGCCCACAAGGCCAUCUUAAAACCGGAACUGGCUAACAGAGCUAGGCACUACUUUUCAGAAAAUGAGCGGGUUAUAAAAGGCAUAGAAGCAUGGGCAUCUGGAAAUUUAGAAGUUUUUGGAAAGCUUAUAUCAGAAUCUGGUCACAGUUCCAUCUAUAAUUAUGAGUGUGGAUGUGAGCCGAUGAAGCAACUCUAUGAAAUCCUUUUGAAGGCUCCUGGUGUUUUUGGAGCUCGAUUCAGUGGUGCUGGAUUCAGAGGCUGUUGUCUUGCACUUGUUGAUGCCCGCUGUGCUGACAAAGCUGCUGCAUAUGUCAAGGAGAAGUACCGAAUGGUUCAACCUAAGUUAGCAAGCGCGAUCCCGGAAGAUAGGUUGGUAUUGAUUUGUGAACCCGGAGGCUCUGCCCAUAUAAGAGAGAAUAUUCAGAGUUAGGAUUGCUUGUAUAUGCAGCGAAAGUGCAUGCGGAGACAUCUUCAUUCAUUUCAUUCUUAUAUGUCACUACCUGAAACUCGUACAACGUUUUGUUCUUUCGUUUGAAGAGUUGGCUUAGUUUGUAGGAGGUUUGGGCAACCGGCUGAGACAAGCCCAGCUGGUAAAAGCUUCCAUGUUAGUCCUAUGUUACAUUCGUAGCAAUCAGCCAUUCCUCCUAGCUUUCAAGAUCUACUAUUUUGUUUUUCUCAUGUUAUUUCUUGUUGUUGCCGACCAAUUUUUUUCCCUACAGAAAGAUUUCCACAUUGUCCUUCAA